AUGCCACGCUUUCUAUGCUUACCAGGCUAUUUUCAAAGUGGCAAGGUGUUUGCUGAAAAGCUGUCGGGCUUCCGGAAAACGCUAUCCAAAAAGUAUGGCUACGAAUUGGAAUACCUUGACGCUCCGAUUCUCAUUGAAAAGAAGGAGGACCUUCCGUUUCUGCUUGGAACCGACGAGAAAGAGGCCAAUGAAAAGUUUGAGUAUUUGAAGAAAAAAGGUAUCGCCAGAUGCUGGUUCGACUACCACGACGGAAUCUACGACCGCUUUGACGAGUCGUACGAGUUCUUGAUCAACCACAUCAGGAAGAAUGGCCCUUACGACGGAAUUGUGGGAUUUUCCCAAGGAGCUGCUAUGGCGGCGAUAAUAGCAAACUCAGUUCACUUGCACGGCAUCAAGCCUUUCAAGGUGGCGGCGCUUUUCUCCGGUUUCGCUUUCACGGUAUCUCUGACAUCUUCUUUUUCGGAAGAUGAGUCUCUUGCUGACUUCAGCGCCAGGCUGUCGGUGAACAAGGACUACGUGAAGUAUUACCAAUUGCCAAAGGACUCGCCCACAACGGUCAUUGCCGUAUACGGAAGGGAAGACGGGGUUGUUCCGCCAUUGAGGACCAAAUACUUGGCUUCUUUGUAUGAGAACGCCACGGAAUUCGGGCAUGAUGGCGGCCACUACAUGCCUAAUAAGAAGGAGGCGUUGGAGCCGAUCGUGGAGAAGAUACGAUUUGCCGUGGAGCCCAAGCCAGCGCUAUAA